AUCUUAAGAAAUUAUAAAAAAAAGAGUUUAUUGGGAUGUUAUAUCUUUAUUGUAAGUGCAUAAUAUAUUUGAGAGAGAAUUAUAUUUGCGUGUGUGGAGACUGGAAAAGCAUCAUUUUCGGGGAACCACCACCAACAUAUUCGAAUACCAUCGGAUAUUUGAUUUAGUUCGAGCCGUUAACAUGUUGAUGGUGGUUCCCCGAAAACGACGCUUCUCCACACACACGUCCCAAAAUUCUCCCCCGUUCCAUCGUUGACAGAUACCCUCCCAUUUCAACCGAGAAAAAGAAACGAACAAACAAAUUAAACAAACAAACAAAAGAAGGAAGGAAGAAGAAAAGAAACGGAAAUCAUUUCCCCCACACACAAAGUCGGAAGGAAACAACCAGACAAAAUAACAGAGAAAGAAGAAGAAGAAGAAGACGACAUUUCUUUUCAGACUCCCCCUUCUUCUGUGAUCAAUCAAUUUCCGGCGAUUCCCUUGGUGCUCACGCACGUGACCCUAUCAAUCAUAUGUAGAAAACCAACAAACAAAAGAAGAAGGGGAAGAGAGUUAGUUUGUUGGGGCUCUGUUUUUCGUGAUCUGUUUGGUGCAGGCAGGCAGGCAGGUUAGGGGUAAAUAAAACCCAAAGAAUAGUAGCAGGGGGGAAAGAAAAGGCCGGCAGGGUGGAUACCAAAAUAAGGAAAGUGAAGAAGGCGUUUAGGAAAGUAAGAGGGCUGAGCCAAAUGGAUGAAAUGCUUGGAUUGCUCCGCGUCCGCAUCCGAAAGGGAAGGCACCUCGCCGUCCGCGAUGUUGGCCGUAAAAGCAGCGACCCUUACGUCGUUCUCACCUUAGCUCAGCAGAAGUUGAAAACUAAGGUGGUGAAGAAUAACUGUAACCCGGAUUGGAACGAAGAGCUCACCCUUUCCAUCAGGGACACUAAUUUCCCCAUCUUACUUACGGUGUUUGACAAGGAUACCCUGACGGCUGACGACAAAAUGGGAGAGGUGAACAUAGACCUCAAACCCUUUGUGGCCGCCCACAGGAUGGGACUGAAAAACCUCCCAAACGGCUGCUCCAUCAAGAGGGUCCAGCCCACCAGAGAGAACUGCCUCGCCGAUGAGAGCCCCAUCACCUGGAACGAAGGCAAGAUCCUCCAGGACAUGGUUCUCAAGCUCCAGCACGUCGAAUCUGGCGAAGUUCAUGUCCAGCUCGAGUGGAUUGAUGUUCCUGGUUGCAAGGGACUCACCCAUGGCCAUGCCCCCGAGUCCAGCACCACCAUAUAACCCCCCCCCCCCCCCCCCCCCCCCCCCCCCCCCCCCCACAAGUUAUGCCGGUGGAACUACUGCUACUGUUGUUCUUUUCGUUGUCGUCGUCAUAAUAUACAGAUUAUUGUUAUAUGUUCUUCUUCCCAUUAGCAUCCCUCUGGUUUUGUUGUUGUUGUUGUUGUAAAGGGCAGGCGUUACUUUUGCUGUCAAAACUCUGGUAUUGGUUUCAUAUUGUGCUUUGUCAUUUGUAUAUUCUGGUUUUUCUGUUACGACAGGUGCCACAACUCAAAUGUAUAUUAAUCUCUUCUUGUUGUUUGGUAGCAUGCUGUUGCGUAGAUGCGCGUAGGGUGCCUACUUGC